AUGUGGAUCCCACUCCAUUGCGAUUUGGGAUCCCGCAGCUGAUUGGAUUUGUGAAGAUCCUCAGAAAGUAACUCCCUCCAACCCCCAGUCACUGUGGUCGACUUUAAAGCCGAGCCCUGCCCUCGCCAGAGGGAGCUCAGUUCAGUGCAGCCAGAGAGAGUGUGAAGUACACUUGGGGCACUGAGGGCAGGACAGAGAGGCUGUACCACUGAGGGGUGCCAUCUCAUGCCUCUCAUCCCUGCCCUAAAACAUCCGGAGGGGAGGAUGGUGAACACGUUCAGUGCCCGCGGUAAUGUGAGAUGCUGUUACAUUUUCGUGCCCUGACUCAUUCUGACGGUGAGGGUUGCGCUGGGCGAUGCUGGGCAAAUACAGCUCCUCUGCCUCACCCUUCGGGAGACUCGGAAUGAGACUCUGAGUGAGAAUCACUCAGCAACCAGCUCGGAAGCAACGCCCCCACCCCACCCUCUAGUUUCCCCACUCCAGCCCUCUCAGCGAGUUGCACCUCUCUCCCUGGCAGCGAUGGGUCUGAACUUUUCCACCCAGUUGGACCAACGGAUGCACGAAUACCUGAAAGGUCGAGCUGAUAUUCUGUUGAAUGAUAUACGCCCUCACUGUCGGGCACAAAACACCGUGGCUAUUCUCAACAAAGUCUGGAAUGAGGUGGAGCCACGACCAAGCCAAGCUCCCCAGUUGCUGACAAACAAGGAAUGCAGAGACAGUGAGGAGGUGAUAGCUCAGGGCCACAUGCUGCAACACGUGGACAGCAGGAGGAAGUGGAAACAGAGAUAUUUUGUGAUGAAGGCCAGCUACCACUUGGAGUAUUUUGAAACGAAAGAGGCUGAACAGAAAGGACUAAAACCAGAAGGCACCAUGCUGCUGUCAGGCUUUGUGGUUCUGACUUCAGUGACAGAAUAUACUGAAAUGCUCCACCGAACCUGGCCACACUUCAAUGGUCCCGCUGAUACUUGCUGGAAUGAACAGUAUACAAACUGCCCGACAGAUCACCCUCUAUUCCUGUGGCACCCCUACCGCCCACACCUUGUUCUCUGCUUCCACACGGCAGAUGACCUUCACAACUGGAGCACGCUGCUCGCUGAUGGAAUCCGCCACCUCAACACCGUGCUCUUCAGAAGGGAUUCUUUUGAAGUCCGGGCUUUCCUGGAGGCCGUGCGGGUGUGCAGGAUGCAGAAAGGACAGUAUGGAAUCUGUGAAUUGUAUUUCGGUUCAGAAACCGAGAUCCUGAGUAACAUGGUGAUGGAGGACUUGUGUCCCGUGUUGGAAUCCCAGCUGCUUCCCCAUAUCCGAGGGCCAGAGAGUAAACGCAAACAGACUUGGCUGAAAAUGAUUGGGGAGAUGUACACAGUGGUGGAAACCCACGUUUCCGAGGGAUUCCAGGCUCUGCUCAGGGACAUUGAGGAGCAAAACCUGCAACUGGAGAAGAAAAUCCGCCCAGACUUCAAUCAGAUCCUCACCUCCAAGAAGCAGCUUGUGGCCAAACUCCAAGAGUCACUGGGUGACCGGAUACAAUGGUGCUGUGAGGCACAGGUACAGCCCCACAUGGAGUUAGCACGGGACAAGCUGGCCGAUCCCAUGAACGCUGGCCUUGGGGAAACUCGAAGACUGUUCUCUGAGGAAGUGAACCGAGUGAUCAGUGUGGUGAAGAGCACAGAGCACAGCAGCAGCUCACUGGCUGAGGUUUUCGGCCAGCUCCAAGCCCUGCCGUAUCAAUCUGCCCAGCUGAAUCACUGCUAUGAGAAGAUAGAAACACUGGAGCAGUCACUAAGCGAGCUGGCACCUCGAUUCUCUUUCGCUGGCGUUCGACUUCUGACCCAGCGGGCACAGAAUAUCAUCCAACAGCUGCUGGAAGAUGCAGUUUAUACCUUUCAGCACUUGUUAGUUUCUACACAGCCAGCCACUGGGCUCUCCGCUGAAGUUAGCCAACGUCUCGACAACACGCAAGUGCGAGUACUGAAGAAGUUUGACUCUGACAGCGCGGCAGCUGGGAGGCAGUUUGUUCGGGAUUCUCUCCUGGAAAUCUUUCUUCCAUAUGUGCUGAAGACAGUCGAGCCUAUCUGCAAACCGGAACUCCCGGUGUAUGAAGGGUGUCUCUGCGCUGACGACGAUGAGGGACUGAUACAGAUCGAAAGCACCUACAAUGAGCUCGUCCUCCACAUUGUGUCCGAUGAAAUUAACAAGGCUAUGAAGGAGACCUCCACUCAGCCAUGCUACAGCUUGUACAAUGAAAGUAUGGGUGGCCUUUGGAACAAUAAUGCCCAAUUGGACAUUGCUGAGGAUCUGGGGACAUCUCCGUCUAAUGCCAGUCAUCCAGCAAGUCCUGAGGAGUUGCCAGAGCCAACCUCAGGAAUGGGAUCGCUUGCAACUUUGGAAAGCAGCAAGUUGAGCGAGGUGGAGGAUGGAUGGCAGUGUCUACAAGGGAACUGGGAUGGUGCCAAUCAGUUUCUGGAUGAGGGCAAGUCAACUGAAUAGACAAUGAACACCCACCGAAACCCACCGCUCAAUCCGACUUGAUGACCUGAAGGAGAUCACGUAGAAACUGAUGGUGGAGACUCUCUACAUCUCAUAGAUAAUUAUAACCCUAUAUCAGACUAAAUGGAUAAAGCUGACGAGGACAAUGGAAAAGUGUGGGGAACCUCUCCCAUAAGAAUUAGGAUUUGGAAUAGGCCACUUGGCCCCUCCAAUCUCCUGUGUCAUUUGAUAAGAUCUGAUGCAGCCUCCACUUUCCUACUGACCCCAUGGAGAAGCCAUAAAGGGUAAAAGCAACAUUUGGAAGUAAAGUCACUUAUGUUAUUAGCAAAUUAUGAUGAUAAAUUAUAAGAUUUGUCCUGUUGCAAUUUAUUUUUAAUUUAUACAUUUAAUUUAAUAUUAUGUUAGAUGUUCUGGAACACAGAUUUGAGGUUUUGGGGGAAUGAAUGUUGGGGUAAUGAGAGGAAGAACAUUUUUACACAGCGAGUGGUAACAACGUGGACCUCAUUGCCCCUGAAGCUGGUACGAGUGGUGACUACAAAUGAUUUCAAAACAAUAUCAAAUGGUCGCUUGAGGGUAAUAAACUUGCUUCAGGCUUAGAGUGGGAGAAUGGGACAGACUGGGUCACUCUACAGGGGGCUCACUGAGAAUCAAUGUGCAAAACGGCCUCCUUCUUAGAAUUAGAAUGAGCUUUAUUGUCAUAUUUACUCCCAUGAGCGCAGUGAAAAGUGUACAACUUGCCACUUACAAUGCCAUCUUAGGUACCUAGGUACAGAUUCUUCGGGAAAAAUAUUUGAAAAAUAAAGAAGUAAAGAGUCCAACAAUAAAUUAGAGGAGUAGAGAAAUAAGAGUUCAGAAUAUCAGUCCUUCCAUCUAGACUGUGCUGGGCUUCACCUUGAGGCCAGGAGUUCGAGUCCACCCUGAGGCCGGGAGUUCGAGUCCACCCUGAGGCCGGGAGUUCGAGUCCACCCUGAGGCCGGGAGCUCGAGUCCACCCUGAGGCCGGGAGUUCGAGUGUCUGUUACUUAAAUGUUGCUUGGCUAAAGUUAAAUGGGUUUUGGGAUUACACCUCAGACAUUUGACAGAUUAAUUACAACCAAAGGUUGACGUGUGGUUCUAGUAGCAAGAGUUGUGUUCAAUGAGUGAAUUCACUCAGUGUUGAAAAUACAACUAACUGGGAUGAAUUAUGUAUAGACACACAAGUAACAACAAGUUGCACUAAUUAUUUAUUCAACAUCCUAUAAUGGGCUGUAGUUCUCAGUGUGUUUCAGAAGUCUGGCUUCCGGGAAUGGAUCUUUUCUUUAUAAACCAGCUGUUCACAGCUCAGGGACAGGUGAGCCUUCUGAAUAUGAUCACAUUGAGGCUGAUCACUCAAUAUCCUUAUCUCGUUAACCCUUAAUCUAUAUGAUUCUUUUGUUGAAGACAACAAAAGCAGAUUUGAAGGGUCACCGGACCUGAAAUGUUAACUCUGAUUUGUUUUUUUACAGAUGCUGCCAGACCUGCUGAGCUUUUUCAGCAACUUCUGUUUUUGUUCCUGAUUUACAGCAUCUGCAGUUCUUUCGGUUUUUAAAAGGGGAUUUGUGCCUGAGAAAUAUGAGCUUGUAGUAGAGCGAGCCCUCCUGGGAGACCUGUCAAAUCAUAACAGCUAAGUCAAUCCAAGUGCAUCUUUUACAGGCACUAAUGACAAGCAAUUUUAGCUGAAGGCACAGCACUUUAAUACUUAA